AUGGCCCUGAUUUCAACUCAAAUGAUGCUGAGCAAAGAGAAGCAAAGUUUCUUUGUUGAUGUAUCAGCUAUUUUCUUGACAGAUACUCAUGCAACAAUCUCCUAUGAGCAGAUAAGUGAACUGAAAGCUGCACUUGGGACUUUGUCUGCCCGUGGCGAGAAGUACUGCGGUGAAGCAUGCUUGAAAAGAUAUCUGGAAGCCCGUAACUGGAAUGUUGCUAAGGCGAGAAAAAUGCUGGAAGAAAGUCGCAAGUGGAGGGCAGCUUACAGGCCAGAGGAUAUUCGUUGGCCUGAUGUUUCUGUUGAAGCGGAAACAGGUAAAAUGUACAGGGCAAGUUUCCGAGACAGGGAGGGCAGAACUGUUGUUGUCAUGAAACCUACAAAACAGAAUACUUCGUCCCAUGAAGGGCAGAUACGGUUCCUAGUAUAUACUUUGGAGAAUGCAAUCUUCAGCCUACCUGAAGGCCAAGAAAAAAUGGUAUGGCUGAUAGAUUUCACUGGAUGGACAGUGGCCCAUGCUUCGCCCAUAAAGACUUGUAGAGAAACUGCAAAUAUCCUGCAAAAUCAUUUUCCUGAAAGGCUGGCCAUUGGAUUUCUAUUUAAUCCCCCAAAAGUAUUUGAAGCUUUUUAUAAGGUUAUCAAAAUUUUCCUUGAUCCAAAAUCGAUUGAGAAGGUGAACUUCGUGUACCAGAAGGAUGAGGAGAGCAUGAAGGUCAUGUAUAAAUACAUUGAUCCGGAAGCACUUCCUGUAGAGUUUGGGGGCAAGAACAAUGUGGUGUACAACCACGAGGAGUACUCUGAGUUAAUGAUACAAGAUGACAUCAAAACAGCAAACUUUUGGGCGGUUGAUGCAAAAACUGACCACGCUAACUCUGCCAUCAAUGGGACCUUGGUUCCUGAGGUUGCACCACAGCCAUCGUUGCUUGCUGCUAAAGCUAGUUGA